UCGCUGGCUUUAAAGUCUCUGCCAGGAUCCAUGCUCACAUGUUACUUCCUGUAUGGAGGCAUGGCCAGUUUCCAGCCCCGCGCUCCGCUUUCCUCCCCAGCCUGCGCCGGAGCCACAACUUUCAGGAGCAUGGACUGAAGGCGCCCUCGCCUCUGCGCCCCUCUGAGAUCCUUUGUAUUUUCCUCCGUUUCCUCUGGCGGUUUCUAUUUUGGGGGGCUCGUCGCUCCCCCCGCCUCUCCCCUCCCCUUCUCCGCUCGCAAACAUGCCUCCUUCCUUCCCGGGGCCCUGGAAGGAGCUGCCUGCCUGAAGCCCAGAGGCGCCGCGCCGCGCUCAGCCCAGCCGCCGCCCGCCGGCUCUCCGGGGCGCUGCGCUGCCGACUCAAGUUGGGGAUCCUCGGCUGGUCGUCGCCGCCACCCGCGGUCCCUGCCCGCCCGGGGCCCCCAGGCAUCGCAGCCGUCCGCCGACUCCGCGCCCUGCCCGCUCGACUUGCUGCCUUUUGAACAGAAAGCAGCCUCUCUGCGCCGAGGAUCGUCCCCAGCGUGGCUCCGCGUUCCCGGUCACUUUUUGAGAUUUUCCGGGGGGCGCUCGGCGUCUUCCCGGAUUCCAGGGGGACUCGGGCCGCGCAGCGUGAGGGGGCCCGUGGAGCGGGCGUGCAGGGGGAGAGCCGGGCUUAGCGGAGGCUCGUACGGAGGCAAGAACUUAUUCAACAAGUUUACCCCCCCUGCCUUUCUCUUUUCGAUGUGCGUUUUCGGACAUGCGGAGGUUACUGGAACCGUGUUGGUGGAUUUUGUUCCUGAAAAUCACCAGUUCUGUGCUCCAUUAUGUCGUGUGCUUCCCGGUGUUGACAGAAGGCUACGUGGGGUCCUUGCACGAUAACAGACACGGCAGCUCAGCGCAGAUCCGCAGGCGCAAGGCCUCAGGCGACCCGUACUGGGCCUACUCCGGUGCCUAUGGUCCUGAGCACUGGGUUACAUCGAGUGUGAGCUGUGGAGGCCGUCACCAGUCUCCAAUAGACAUUUUAGACCAGCAUGCACGUGUCGGUGAAGAAUACCAGGAACUGCAACUUGAUGGCUUCGACAAUGAGUCUUCUAACAAAACCUGGAUGAAAAACACAGGGAAAACAGUUGCAAUCCUUCUGAAAGAUGACUAUUUCAUCAGUGGCGCUGGCCUGCCUGGCAGAUUCAAAGCUGAGAAGGUGGAAUUUCACUGGGGCCACAGCAAUGGCUCUGCAGGCUCGGAACACAGCAUCAACGGCAGGCGGUUUCCCGUGGAGAUGCAGAUUUUCUUUUACAAUCCAGACGAUUUUGAUAGUUUUCAAACAGCAAUUUCCGAAAACAGAAUAAUCGGAGCCAUGGCCAUAUUUUUUCAAGUCAGUCCAAGGGACAAUUCUGCACUGGAUCCUAUUAUCCAUGGGUUGAAGGGCGUCGUACAUCAUGAGAAGGAGACUUUUCUGGAUCCUUUCGUCCUCCGGGACCUCCUGCCUGCAUCCCUGGGCAGCUACUACCGCUACACGGGUUCUCUGACCACCCCACCGUGUAGCGAAAUUGUGGAGUGGAUAGUGUUCCGGAAACCUGUCCCCAUCUCUUACCACCAGCUCGAGGCUUUUUAUUCCAUCUUCACCACGGAACAGCAAGACCAUGUCAAGUCGGUGGAGUACCUGAGAAAUAACUUUCGACCACAGCAGCGUCUGAAUGACAGGGUGGUGUCCAAGUCGGCUGUCCACGAUGCCUGGAACCACGACAUGUCAGACUUCUUAGAAAACCCACUGGGGACAGAAGCCUCUAAAGUUUGCAGCUCUCCACCCAUCCACAUGAAGGUGCAGCCCCUGAACCAGACAGCCCUGCAGGUUUCCUGGAGCCGGCCCGAGACCAUCUACCACCCACCCAUCAUGAACUACAUGAUCUCUUACAGCUGGACCAAGAAUGAGGACGAGAAGGAGAAGACAUUUACCAAGGACAGCGACAAAGAUUUGAAAGCCACCAUUAGCCAUGUCUCACCUGAUAGCCUUUACCUGUUCCGCGUCCAGGCCGUGUGUCGGAACGACAUGCGCAGCGACUUCAGCCAGACGAUGCUCUUUCAAGCUAAUACCACUCGGAUAUUCCAAGGGACCAGAAUUGUGAAAACAGGAGUGCCCACAGCGUCUCCUGCCUCCUCGGCAGACAUGGCCCCCAUCAGCUCCGGGUCUUCUACUUGGACAUCGUCGGGCAUCCCUUUCUCGUUUGUGUCCAUGGCGACUGGGAUGGGCCCUUCCUCCAGUGGCAGCCAGGCCACCGUGGCCUCAGUUGUCACCAGCACGCUCCUGGCCGGGCUGGGGUUCAGCGGCGGCGGCAUCUCCUCCUUCCCCAGCACUGUGUGGCCCACCCGCCUCCCGACGGCCGCCUCUGCCAGCAAACAGGCCGUGAGACCCGUCCUCGCCACCACAGAGGCCUUGGCUUCCCCCGGCCCCGACGGUGAUUCGGCGCCCACCAAGGACAGCCAGGGUGCCGAGGAAGGGAACAAGGACGAGAAAAGUGAGCGUGAGGAUGGGGAGCGGGAGCAUGAGGAGGAGGGGGAGAAGGACUCUGAGAAGAAGGAAAAGAGUGAGGGGACCCACGCCACCCAGGAGCGGAACCAGACCGAGCCCGCCCCCACCCCCUCAUCUCCCAGUAGACCUGCCCAGAAGGGCGGGCAUCAGACUAUACCUGGGCGCAACCACAGUGCCGGCCCCACAGACCAGCCUGGUGCCACCAGGGAUGCCGACCCAGGCCUGGACCCCCAUUCGGUCACCUCCACCCAAGUGCCCCCCACAGUCACAGAGGAACAUUAUGAAGGGAGUGAGCCCAAGAAGCCGGAAAUGCCAUCGAAAAAGCCUAUGUCCCGAGGGGACCGAUUUUCCGAAGAUAGCAAAUUUAUCACUGUAAAUCCAGCAGAAAAGAAUACCUCUGGAAUGAUAAGCCGCUCUUCUCCAGGGAGGAUGGAGUGGAUCAUCCCUCUGAUUGUGGUAUCAGCCUUGACCUUCGUGUGCCUCAUCCUUCUCAUUGCUGUGCUAGUUUACUGGAGAGGGUGUAACAAAAUAAAGUCCAAGGGCUUUCCCAGACGUUUCCAUGAAGUGCCUUCUUCUGGGGAGAGAGGAAAGAAGGGGAGCAGAAAAUGUUUUCAGACAGCUCAUUUCUAUGUGGAAGAUAGCAGUUCACCUCGGGUGGUCCCCAAUGAAAGUAUUCCUAUUAUUCCUAUCCCGGAUGACAUGGAAGCUAUUCCUGUCAAACAGUUUGUUAAACACAUCGGUGAGCUCUAUUCUAAUAACCAGCAUGGGUUUUCUGAGGAUUUUGAGGAAGUACAGCGCUGUACAGCUGAUAUGAACAUUACUGCAGAACAUUCCAAUCAUCCAGAUAACAAGCACAAAAACAGAUACAUCAACAUUUUAGCAUAUGAUCACAGUAGGGUGAAGUUAAGACCUUUACCAGGAAAAGACUCUAAGCACAGCGACUACAUUAAUGCAAACUAUGUCGAUGGUUACAACAAAGCAAAAGCAUACAUCGCCACACAGGGACCUUUAAAGUCUACAUUUGAAGAUUUCUGGCGGAUGAUUUGGGAACAAAACACUGGAAUCAUUAUCAUGAUUACGAAUCUUGUGGAAAAAGGAAGACGAAAAUGUGAUCAGUAUUGGCCAACAGAGAAUAGUGAGGAGUAUGGAAACAUUAUCGUCACACUGAAGAGCACAAAAGUACACGCCUGCUACACCGUUCGUCGUUUUUCCAUCAGAAAUACAAAAGUGAAAAAGGGUCAGAAGGGGAACCCUAAGGGGCGCCAGAAUGAAAGGGUGGUAAUCCAGUAUCACUACACGCAGUGGCCAGACAUGGGCGUUCCCGAGUAUGCCCUCCCCGUGCUGACCUUCGUGAGGCGAUCCUCAGCAGCCCGAAUGCCAGAAAUGGGCCCUGUGUUGGUGCACUGCAGUGCUGGUGUGGGCAGGACAGGCACCUACAUUGUAAUAGACAGCAUGCUGCAACAGAUAAAAGACAAAAGCACAGUUAAUGUCCUGGGAUUCCUGAAGCAUAUCAGGACACAGCGCAACUACCUCGUCCAGACUGAGGAGCAGUACAUUUUCAUCCAUGAUGCCUUGUUGGAAGCCAUUCUUGGAAAGGAGACUGAAGUAUCUUCAAAUCAGCUGCAUAGCUACGUUAACAGCAUCCUCAUACCAGGAGUAGGAGGAAAGACACGACUGGAAAAACAAUUCAAGCUGGUGACACAGUGUAAUGCAAAGUACGUGGAAUGCUUUAGUGCGCAGAAGGAGUGUAACAAAGAAAAGAACAGAAACUCUUCAGUCGUGCCAUCCGAGCGUGCUCGAGUGGGGCUUGCACCGUUGCCUGGAAUGAAAGGAACAGAUUACAUUAAUGCGUCUUAUAUCAUGGGCUAUUAUAGGAGCAAUGAAUUUAUUAUAACCCAGCAUCCUCUGCCACAUACUACGAAGGAUUUCUGGCGAAUGAUUUGGGAUCAUAAUGCACAGAUCAUUGUCAUGCUGCCAGACAACCAGAGCUUGGCAGAAGAUGAGUUUGUAUACUGGCCAAGUCGAGAAGAAUCCAUGAACUGUGAGGCCUUUACCGUCACCCUUAUCAGCAAAGACAGACUGUGCCUCUCUAAUGAAGAACAAAUUAUCAUCCAUGACUUUAUCCUUGAAGCUACACAGGAUGACUAUGUCCUAGAAGUUCGGCACUUUCAGUGUCCCAAAUGGCCUAACCCAGAUGCUCCCAUAAGCAGUACCUUUGAACUGAUCAACGUCAUCAAGGAAGAGGCCUUAACAAGGGAUGGCCCCACCAUUGUUCAUGAUGAGUAUGGAGCAGUGUCAGCAGGCAUGCUGUGUGCCCUUACCACCCUGUCCCAGCAACUGGAGAAUGAAAAUGCUGUGGAUGUUUUCCAGGUUGCAAAAAUGAUCAAUCUUAUGAGGCCUGGAGUAUUCACAGACAUUGAACAAUACCAGUUUGUCUAUAAAGCAAUGCUCAGCUUGGUCAGCACUAAGGAAAAUGGCAAUGGCCCCAUGACCGUGGACAAAAAUGGUGCUGUUCUGAUUGCAGAUGAAUCGGACCCCGCCGAGAGCAUGGAAUCUCUAGUGUGAUUGGACUAGUAAAAGGGCACUUAAUUUGUAAAACUUCUGAAGACUGAGAACUUUUUUGAGGCCUUUUUUGCCAGACUCUAGGUUAUACAAUAACCCAGUUACUUUUUUACACUGAUAAAAGUUUUGAUAUUUAUUUUUUGCCAUUUUAUGUCUUAAUGGUAUCCUACUGAGCAUUUGCACCUCUGUUCAUUUCACACAGUGAAACAGUUUGACCUAGUUUGCACUAUAUGAUCAGUGUUACUGCCUAUAAUCUAAUACUAAAGCAAAACCCUGAUGUGACAUUCCAUGACAACAUACAUGCUACUUUUUAGUUCAAUACAGUGAAGGUCUUGGUUAUGACAGUGAAUCUUGAUUUUGUUGUUAUUAUUAUUGCUAAGCAGUUGCAUUCUAUGAGCAGGCAGUGCUGUACUUUUCUCAGUCCUGUUUUUUUAGGCACUAGUCAAUACUGUAUGUGUUCUGUAUUUUAAUAGAGUGGCUGAACAUUAUUUUCAAGAAUAGCAGGUUAUCAGGAGCUACUCAGAGGGUCUAUCAACCACAUGGCCUUGAAACAGUUCCAUUUAUGAUGGAAGAAACCCGUUAAGAAAUUAGAAAGCUGCAGAUUUGCUUCCUUUGAACAUCACUUAUUAGCUACAAAAUUAUAUUCAUAGCUAAAUUAAUGCCCAAUUGUGUCAAAAUAAAGGCUAUCUCUGUAUUACGGUUUUCACAGUAGCUAUGUGGAGAGUGUGUGUUAUUUCCAUUGUGACUCUAUGAAAUAGCUAUACCCCAAAAUCAGGGCUAUCUUUUACAAGAGAGAUGGCAAUAUUUUAUAAGACUCAGUUAUGAAAGAAACCCUUUAGUGACUCUCCAUUAAUGCUUCUUGGCUUUAAUACCAUACCUCACAACAGGUGGAAAAAAUAAAAAUUUCCACAGGUGUGUAGUUUUCAAACUAGUCUUCUAAAAUAUCCCUACUACUCAUACAGCAAGCUAAUUUAAAAAAACAACUACCUAUAUAACAUUCUUUUCUUUCCUUUUUUGCCAAAUGUUUCAUGAUAAAUCUCAAUUACAUACACUGUACUAGCACAACUGAAAUACUGUUUUAGCAAAAGUCUUGGGACUACUUAAACUCCCACACAUGGACAAAUAUGAUUUGGAAAGAGAAAAAUUAGAAUCCUGAAUGAAAGGAGACACUGACAUUUUCAAGUAGUUUUUUUAAAAAAGAGGGAAAUGACUAUGUGCUUUUGUAUUACUUGAUGUGAGAGACAAAUAGACUUCAGUAAAAGAGGCUGAUAAUUACACAGGAUCCAAGAAAGUUAUUUGGUUUACCCUCUGAAGCAAGAGUUACCCUGCAGUACAUAAUGGGAAAAUUAUAAACACUCAAGAAAUUUCAGUUUACUUAGAAAAAUAAUCUACUUACUGAGACUGCUCUCUUCUAUUGCAUAUUUGCUUUCGAAGGACAACUUGUCAGUUCUUCUGCUCAUCACCACCAGAACUGGACCUGUUAAGAAGAGGUUUUGUUUAUUUUUUGGUAUUAAUAAACUCCACCAAAAUGUCCACACUGGCUACUCUCAUACUCUCUGGGUAGGUGUUACAACACUAAAGGUUAGCAGCACUGAUGUUGUAUUUAUCUUGAAAUGGCUUUUUAUAAAGUUCUCAGAGUGGUGCUGAAGGACCAGAGCUGCUAAGGAGAGAGGCUAUAAGCCAAGUCCAGGGGUUUCAACACAUAAGCCAAGUCAAUGGAGCAUUCAUGAACAACAUGACUUACUAGAGUUAAUCUCAUCUUUUCAUCACAUAGAUUCAGCAACACAGAAUCCCUCACUUUUCACAAGCCAUGUAGGCUAAGCUUUAGAAAAGAUGUGCAAGUUUGCUAAGUUGUAUGUGCUAGAUGACAAGUAUGUUGUCAGCCCCUCUGCUAUCAACAGAGGUGACACAAGGAAGUUCUUCCUAACACUUAAAAAAAAAAACUUGAAUAAAAAUACUACAACUGUCAGGAAGCUAAGGAGAUCAGGAAGGAGGAGGUUUCAGAUCAUGGCAAGAGCUAGGUCAUUUUACUCAACUAAGUGGAUUGCUUUAGUUGAACAGAGUAUUGAUAUGAGCUAACUUCAGUAGAUGGCACAGUGGACUCUACUUUCAGAAGUAAUGUUCGAGUUGAAGUUCAUGGUCCCUCAGUAAUGUUUCUUGUAAAAGCAAACACCAGUUAGAAGAUACAUAACAAGUAUUUCCUUCUGUGCUAUUUACAGAGGGCUCAGUUUAUGGAAAUGCACACCCUCCAACCAUUCUGUGAUUAUCUCCCACAGGGGUAUCAGUACCAUGAUACAAGAAAGGUUAGUAAACAGAACAGAAACAUUACAAAGACGGUUUAGUUCUCUGUGAGCAACCGUGUGUCUACAGUGGACUUUAACCAAAGUCUACAAAUCCUGACCCACUGAACUAUGAGUGAUUGCUAUUUGCCCAUCUUGCCAAAACAGUCCAAAUCUACAUUACUGAGGACAGUGUAUUCAGCAAUUUCUCACUCACCAGAGUAGAUCAUCACUAUUACUCCUCACUUGUUAUUGGCAAAAAUACGCUUGCAUCUUUCCAGAGGCAAAGAGUUUCAAAGAUGGUAUUUCUUUGAGACCAAAGCACAUUGCUUAACUCUAUAACAAGGUUAUUACUAGUAUGUGCACUCAGGGGGAAAGAAAAUAGCUACUGCAAAUUAAUUUGUACUAUUUUAUAAAAUAAGCUUUGGGGAAUGUAUAAAAUUAGCUCUAGGUAAACAGAAUACACAUACAACAAUGAAUUGUAAUGAUCAGACCAGCAGCCAGGCUGGAUAUCAGAGAAAAGACAUUCGUUGCCAUUAGAACUCUUCCAUCCAAAAGUCACAAUCUCAUUUUAUGUUACAUAUAUAUAAAUAAGUGAGCUUCUGAGUUUCGAGAAGAAAAUUGAAUUGGUUUUCCUAAAUUUUAUGUCUUGGAGCUGUUAGAGUCCAUUUCAAGUUGAACCAUUCUGCAAAGUCAGAGAAAGUUAAGGCAUUCAAGGUCUGGCUAUUGGAGCUUUUAGCCCAGAGUGACAUAUUGAAAUCAACAAAUAACCUUAAUUAUUUUAUAAUGACACAGCACAACUGCCUUGUUACAAAUUUUUUCUUAAAUGCAUAUAUACUAUAUUUAAAAAUUAAGAUAUAAAUACCAAUUUACCAAAGAUACAUAUUACUAAUUCUAAGCAAAAAAAUAAAUAAAUAAAAGAAACCCAAACUCAUAAUUUAAGAAAUAACAAUCAAAAAUGUAGUUUGUCUUAAGAAUUUAGCAGUUAUACUGGAAAGUGCAUUUUCAAUGCCUAUGUUCCAAGGUUUAUGUUUAAAUGGUGCCAGUGAAUUUUUAUAUGAAGGGAAAAUGCCUGCUUUUUUUUUAAUAACUAAUUUCACUUACCCCUUUGCACUUUCCCUCAGUUGCCAUUUAACAUACAAUAUUGGCUUCACUUAUCUCUAGAAAGAAGGCAUGCUACAAAUAGGAAGGAUUGUAAUUAAUGAUUUUUGGCCUCUACUUUGUCUUAGCUGUUAAACUGUUUUUAGUAUUUUUGUUAAAUAUUUGCAAAGGGAAACAUUUUCUACAGAGGAUAAUUAAUUUCAAGAAAAAUAUCUUGAGUUUUAAGAAAUAAACAUCUCCAGAAAAGGAGACAGUCGAUUUUAUAAAAUGUUGCAACUCUCCAACAUUUGGGGUAGUGACUCCUUUUUUUGUUAGGACAUUUGAAACUAGUAAGCAGUCAUUGUUUCUUAAAAAAAAAAAAAAAUUCAGCCUUCAUGAUGAUUCGUGUUUUUUCCCUUCAUUUUGAAAUAGCUAAAAUCACUAAAACUGUAAAUAUUUUGUUGCUUGGAUAAGCAUCUUCUGGGAACUUUGUAUCUAUGGUAUAUAAUCAUAGAAUUUUAUAUUUUCAUAUAAAGCUAAUUUUUUUCUAGUUUCAACUUCGUCAUAGUUUUUUGUUUUUUGGGUGGAUUUUUUUUUUCUUUUGGUGGUGGAUAUGUGAAUUCAACUUUACGUGUAUUGAAGUAGCAAGAACCAUCUUUGCAUUCCAAAAGAAUCCAAAUUGUGUUAUUUCCUUGAGGCAGUGAUUGUGAAAGUUGGGUUUUCCUUUUUAAUUCCAUUGACCAUUUGUGCAAUAGAAAUUAGACAUAAUUAGUCACUGAAUACAUUCAUUGCAUUGACCCAUUUGGAAAAAAGUGGUUUUUUUAAUUUGUUCCAGGGGAGGGGUUUUGUAACCUGAAAUUUUUCCCUUUUUUCUUCUGUUUAAACUAUAUCAAAUCAUUCUAUUAUAGUGUUAUUUAAUAUGUAAAUUGUAUUGCUAUACAUAAAAUAAAGUAUGGUUUUUGAUGUAU